AUGUCUGUACCGUACGAUCGCGCCUACGAUCUCCUCUCCAACAGCCAGAAUGGCCAUAUCACCGCGUCGCAGCGUAUUCCCACCAUCGCGCGGCCGUUCGUCAGCGAGAGGGCUGCGAAGACACUAGAUAUUGUAGAGAAAUUCGUGGAAGAAGAAUGCAUACCCGCCGACGCUGUAUACGUCCGCCAGAUUGGCGAAACCACCCAACAACGCUUCUCGUCACAUCCGUCCAUCAUCGAGGACUUGAAGAAGAGGGCACAAGAGCUUGGCCUGUGGAACAUGUUCUUGCCCAAGGCACACUUCAAGGAGGGCGCUGGGUUUAGCAAUCUGGAGUAUGGGCUGAUGGCUGAGUACUUGGGGAAGAGCCGGACAGCAUCUGAGGCUACAAACUGCGCUGCUCCGGAUACUGGCAACAUGGAGGUCAUCGCCAAAUACGGCACCGAGGCACAGAAGAGGCAGUGGCUUGACCCGCUGCUCAAGGGCGAGAUUCGAUCCGCUUUCUUGAUGACGGAGCCUCAGGUAGCAUCGAGUGACGCUACCAACAUUGAGAUGACCAUCAAGCGUGACGGCGACUCUUAUGUACUCAACGGCCAGAAAUGGUGGUCCUCAGGCAUCGGCGACCCGCGCUGCAAGAUCUUCAUCGUUCUGGGUAAAACCGAUCCCAACAACAGCGACAAGUACAAGCAACAAUCCGUCAUCCUUGUCUCCAACGAUACCCCAGGCGUCACCAUCCAUCGCAUGCUCUCCGUCUUCGGCUACGAUGAUGCACCUCACGGACAUGGCCACGUCACUUUCGAGAAUGUACGCGUGCCCGCCAGCAACAUGGUGCUUGGCGAAGGCCGCGGCUUCGAGAUCAUCCAGGGACGCCUUGGACCCGGCCGUAUCCACCAUGCUAUGAGGAGUAUCGGAUCUGCCGAGAAGGCCUUGGAGUGGUUCUUGGCUCGCCUCAACGACGAGCGCAAGAAGCCCUUUGGCGAACUGCUAAACAAGCACGGCAUAAUGAUCGAGCGUGUGGCCCGGUCACGUAUCGAAAUCGACGCAGCACGCCUCGCUGUCCUGAACGCCGCCAUCAAAAUCGACGAAACGAAUGCCAAGGGCGCCCUCAAGGAAAUCGCCGAAGUCAAAGUCCUUGUGCCUGAAGUCAACCUCAAGGUCAUUGACUGGGCUAUUCAGGCGUAUGGAGGUGGAGGUGUCAGCCAGGAUACGCCGCUUGCCAACAUGUAUGCGUCUGGCAGGACGAUGAGGAUCGUUGAUGGGCCUGAUGAGGUGCAUCUGCUGCAGUUGGGCAGGAAUGAGAAUAAGAAGGGUGUUGCGCACAAGAAGAGGAUUGAGGCGCAGAGGCUGAAGGGCGAGGAGCUGUGCAGGAAGUAUGGCAUUGAGCCUAGGGACCCGUUGUAUUUGAACAGGACGAGUAGUGAAGCGAGCAAGUUGUAG